UACGUCAGCAAACAUGGUAGCCUCCUGGUGACAGCAGCCGAAUUUGUUCACUGAUCAACGGGAUUAAAAUGGUUUAUUCAGAAGAUAGCAACAUUAUUUUCCGGGUCAAAGGCAUCUUGGAGUUUGCUUGCCAGCUUGACAACUCUAAUGAUGUACAAAGUCAAAGCACCAUCUCAAAAAGUUUCCAGGGUCUCUGUUCUAAAGUUUCAUCAAAGAAUCUUGUUUUCACUGUCUGUAACAGUGCCUUAUUAAUAUGGCCCAACACUUGUUUCCAGUCAAGCAUAGAGAGCUUGACAGAAGCAUCAGCAUGUAGAGACAUUCUUAAGUAUAUAGAGACAGAUGAUAGCGGAAGCAAGAAGUUAUCAAAAAAGAAAGAUAAGAAGUGUUCUGGACCAACUGUGGUAAAUAUGAAGCUGUUGUUUGAGGUGACAGAGCCUGCUGGCAAUGAAGCUCCUACUCUCUGCAGAGUGAUCGGACGGCAGCACUAUUUGAGGAUGCCGCUGCCUUUGGACUUUGUUUUGUCUGUGGCCACCGAUGAAAGCCUGGCCAUUGUGUGUAAAGGGCUGGUGGAGGCAUUGAUUAAGCAGUUAUCAGACAUGGAGGAGGUUGUGCUACUGUACAGGAAGGGCUCCUCUUUUUUGGUGCCCCAGCCAUUUCACUUUGAGUUGCCCAAACCUAUGGGACUCACCACUGUAAUAUACCCAGCAGGAGUAGCAGAGAGCCAGCUACAGGCUGUCAGAGAGGAUCUGCACAGGAAGUUUCAGUUGCCAGGUGACAGACCAUUCCUCAGACGUACAAAUGCCUUCCAUUUCCCUGACGAAGCCUAUAAAGACGGUUACCUCCGCAACCCUCACCUAUGCCUGAAUCCACCCAAUGUUGAGGAUGCCAAGCUGUAUCUUGUGCAGGGUGUGUACAGUUAUCAUCACUACAUGCAGGAUCAUGUGGAUGAUGACGGCUGGGGUUGCGCGUAUCGUUCACUACAGACUAUCUGCUCCUGGUUCCAGCAGCAGGGAUAUGUGGAGACAGCGGUUCCCACACACACACAGAUCCAGCAGGCUCUUGUGGAUGUAGGGGAUAAAGAACCUCGUUUUGUGGGCUCACGUCAGUGGAUUGGCUCUUUUGAAGUUCAGGCUGUCCUUAACCAGCUGCAGGGGGUCACUUCAAAGAUCAUGUUUGUCAGUCAAGGAUCUGAGCUGGCAACCAAGGGCAGAGAACUAGCCAACCACUUCCAGACUGAAGGAACACCUGUCAUGAUUGGUGGGGGUGUACUUGCACACACUAUUCUAGGUGUAGCAUGGAGUGAGAAUACAGGACAAAUCCGCUUCCUCAUCCUGGACCCUCACUACACGGGUGGAGAGGACCUGCAGACCAUCGUUGACAAGGGCUGGUGUGGAUGGAAGGGGCCAGAGUUCUGGGAUCAGAACGCCUUUUACAACCUCUGCCUUCCUCAGAGACCCAAGACCAUUUGAGUCACAUACUUGACUCUGACUGACAAUUAUCCAUCUUGUGUAAUCAAAGGACUUGCUGGAAAUCUGUUGUUUCAAUAAGUACAAACCAACAGGACAUGUGAAAAAUAAUUAGAUAUUAUUCAUUGUCCUUACAAUAUUAUUGUUACUUUGUAUGUUUGAACAUAGUUUUUGAAAAUGUUAAUGGAAUUGGACAAAUGUACAAGUUCAUCUUAUGUGCAAAAUUCACAAGAUGCAACUUAAUAAAAAUGAACAGCGACUGAAAUCUCUUUCAGCGUUAUAGAAUAAA